AUGGGCAUCAACCUCAAGAAGAUCUUCCGUCACGACGACGACGAACAGAAGCCCAAGGCCAAGCUCUUUGGCCGCAAGAAGGCACUCUCGGUCCCGAUGGACCACGACGAGACGGCUAGCGAGAGCGAAAGCAGCCCUCGCGUGCCGCACAAGUCCAACUCGUUCUCAGACUCGUCGGACGACGACAUUGAGACCAAGCUGCGUCUCUUCAAGGAGCUUUUGAUCCAGCACGACAUCCUUCUCAACACGCUCAUGAAGAAGCACCACCCGGUGGUUGAGAUUCCGGACUGCUACAAGGAGACCCGCGCGACGUCCGCACUCGUGUCGGGCAAGAUGAUCCCGAUCACGAUGCACAUGGUGCGCAACAAGCGCCGCCCGCGCUGGAACGAGUACCCGCUGCGUCCGAUCACGGAAAGCAAGAAGGAAGAGUAG